AUGUCCCGGCCCAGCAACGUCUCCCCGCGGGCCCCGGCCCCGGCCCCGGGCGGCGGCGGGGGGCGCGCCAAGGCGCUCAAGGACAUCCGCGUGGACGAGGAGGUCAAGAUCGCCGUCAACAUCGCCCUGGAGCGCUUCCGCUACGGCGACCAGCGAGAAAUGGAAUUUCCUUCUUCUUUUACCAGUACUGAAAGAGCUUUUAUUCAUCGACUGAGUCAGUCUCUUGGGUUGGUCUCUAAAAGUAAAGGAAAGGGAGCAAAUAGAUAUCUAACUGUGAAGAAGAAAGAUGGAUCAGAAACAACGCAUGCAAUGAUGACCUGUAAUUUGACUCAUAAUACGAAACAUGCUGUUCGGAGCCUGAUUCAGAGAUUUCCUGUCACCAAUAAAGAACGUACAGAACUUCUACCUAAAACAGAAAGAGGAAAUGUGUUUGCAGUUGAAGCUGAAAACCGAGAAAUGAGUAAAACAAGUGGACGCCUAAACAAUGGUAUACCUCAGAUUCCAAUGAAAAGAGGAGAAUCUGAGUUUGAUUCUUUCAGGCAAUCUCUGCCAGUGUAUGACAAACAAGAAGAAAUUGUUAAGAUAAUUAAGGAAAAUAAAGUAGUUCUGAUUGUAGGAGAAACUGGGUCUGGAAAGACUACUCAGAUACCUCAGUUCCUUUUAGAUGAUUGCUUUAAAAAUGGUAUUCCCUGCCGUAUAUUUUGUACCCAGCCAAGGCGAUUAGCAGCUAUUGCUGUUGCUGAAAGAGUUGCUGCAGAGAGAAGAGAAAGGAUUGGUCAAACAAUUGGGUACCAGAUUCGAUUAGAAAGCAGGGUUUCUCCAAAGACACUUCUGACAUUUUGCACUAAUGGGGUAUUACUUCGUACGUUGAUGGCAGGAGAUAGUACAAUAUCGACUGUGACUCAUGUAAUUGUGGAUGAAGUACAUGAAAGAGAUCGAUUUAGUGAUUUCUUACUUACGAAGUUAAGAGAUUUAUUGCAAAAGCAUCCAACUUUGAAACUAAUUCUUUCUAGUGCUGCCUUGGAUGUAAAUCUGUUUAUAAGAUACUUUGGAAGUUGUCCAGUGAUACAUAUACAGGGAAGACCAUUUGAAGUAAAGGAAAUGUUUCUUGAAGAUAUCUUAAGAACUACUGGAUACACAAACAAAGAAAUGUUAAAAUACAAAAAGGAAAAACAGCGAGAAGAGAAACAACAAAGCACACUUACAGAAUGGUACUCAGCUCAAGAGAAUACUUUCAAGCCAGAAUCUCAAAGGCAAAGAACUGUUCCGAAUGUGACUGAGGAAUAUGACUUAUUAGAUGAUGGUGGUGAUGCUGUCUUUAGUCAGUUGACAGAAAAAGAUGUAAAUUGCCUUGAACCAUGGUUAAUAAAGGAAAUGGAUGCUUGUCUUUCUGAUAUAUGGCUACAUAAAGAUGUUGAUGCCUUUGCUCAGGUCUUUCACCUUAUUUUAACUGAGAAUGUUAGUGUUGAUUACCGACAUAGUGAAACCAGUGCAACAGCUCUGAUGGUUGCUGCAGGACGAGGAUUUUCAAGUCAAGUGGAGCAGUUAAUUAGUAUGGGAGCUAAUGUCCACAGUAAAGCCUCCAAUGGCUGGAUGGCUUUAGAUUGGGCUAAACACUUUGGGCAGACUGAAGUUGUGGAUCUUCUAGAAUCUUACAGUGCUUCAUUGGAAUUUGGAAAUCUAGAUGAAAGUUCUCUGGUUCAAACUAAUGGAAGUGACUUCAGUGCAGAAGACAGAGAGCUCCUAAAAGCCUAUCAUCAUAGUUUUGAUGAUGAAAAAGUAGACUUGGAUUUGAUUAUGCAUCUCCUAUAUAAUAUCUGCCAUAGUUGUGAUGCUGGUGCAAUAUUAAUUUUUCUACCUGGAUAUGAUGAAAUUGUUGGGCUGAGAGAUCGCAUCCUGUUUGAUGACAAGCGGUUUGCCGACAAUGCACAUAGAUAUCAAGUCUUUAUGCUUCAUUCAAAUAUGCAGACAUCCGAUCAAAAAAAAGUAUUAAAAAACCCACCUGCAGGUGUUCGAAAAAUAAUUCUAUCCACCAAUAUUGCUGAGACUAGCAUUACAGUCAAUGAUGUGGUCUUUGUUAUUGAUUCUGGUAAGGUGAAAGAGAAAUCCUUUGAUGCAUUGAAUUUUGUUACAAUGUUAAAAAUGGUGUGGAUUUCCAAAGCUAGUGCCAUACAGAGAAAAGGCAGGGCAGGGAGAUGUAGACCUGGGAUUUGUUUUCGGCUCUUCAGUAAACUCCGUUUCCAGAAUAUGUUGGAAUUUCAGACUCCAGAACUCUUAAGAAUGCCAUUACAGGAACUUUGUUUACAUACCAAGUUAUUAGCUCCAGUAAAUUGUCCGAUUGCUGAUUUCCUUAUGAAAGCACCGGAACCUCCACCAGCUUUAAUUGUCAGAAAUGCUGUGCAGAUGCUUAAGACUAUUGAUGCAAUGGAUGCAUGGGAAGAUCUCACUGAACUUGGAUAUCACUUGGCUGACUUGCCAGUUGAACCACAUCUGGGUAAAAUGGUCCUCUGUGCUGUUGUUUUAAAGUGCUUAGACCCAAUCCUUACAAUUGCUUGCACGUUAGCAUACCGGGACCCAUUUGUGCUACCAACCCAGGCUUCUCAAAAACGUGCUGCUAUGCUUUGUAGGAAACGUUUCACUGCAGGAACUUUCAGUGAUCACAUGGCACUUCUCAGAGCAUUUCAGGCAUGGCAGAAAGCACGAAGUGAUGGGUGGGAACGAGCCUUUUGUGAAAAGAAUUUUCUUUCACAAGCUACCAUGGAGAUAAUUAUAGGCAUGAGAACUCAGUUGCUUGGUCAACUUAGAGCAUCAGGUUUUGUUAGAGCACGAGGUGGAGGCGACAUUCGAGAUGUUAACACAAAUUCUGAGAACUGGGCUGUUGUUAAAGCUGCUUUGGUAGCUGGCAUGUACCCAAAUUUAGUCCAUGUGGAUAGAGAAAAUGUUGUACUGACGGGACCAAAAGAAAAGAAAGUCCGCUUUCAUCCCACUUCAGUACUCAGUCAGCCUCAAUAUAAAAAGAUUCCUCCAGCCAACGGUCAAGCUGCAGCAAUCCAGGCACUUCCCACAGAUUGGCUUAUUUAUGAUGAAAUGACCAGAGCUCAUAGAAUAGCUAAUAUAAGAUGUUGCUCAGCAGUGACACCUGUCACUGUAUUAGUAUUCUGUGGACCAGCGAGGCUGGCAAGUAAUGCUCUUCAGGAACCUUCAUCUUUUAGAGCAGAUGGUAUUCCUAAUGACAGUAGUGACAGUGAGGUGGAGGAUAGAACUACUGCUAACCUGGCAGCUUUGAAACUUGAUGAAUGGCUCAGUUUCAAACUAGAGCCAGAGGCAGCCAGUUUGUUGCUGCAACUUAGACAGAAAUGGCAUAGCUUAUUUUUACGCCGAAUGAGAGCUCCCUCCAAACCUUGGUCUCAAGUUGAUGAAGCUACUAUAAGAGCAAUUAUAGCUGUUCUGAGCACUGAGGAACAGUCUGCAGGUUUACAGCAACCAUCUGGGAUUGGCCAAAGGCCAAGGCCCAUGUCUUCAGAAGAACUUCCUUUGGCAUCAUCUUGGAGGUCAAAUAAUAGUAGGAAAAGUUCAACAGAUACUGAAUUUCCUGACGAGUCUACUACUGCAGAAAGAGUAUUGAUGAAAUCUCCAUCUCCCGCACUUCAUCCACCUCAGAAGUACAAAGAUCGAGGAAUCCUACAUCCUAAGCGAAAUACUGAUGAUCGAUCUGAUCAGUCCUCAGUGAAAUCUACAGACAGCAAUAGUUAUCCAAGCCCCUGUGCUAGCCCUUCACCUCCGUCUUCAGGGAAGGGCUCAAAAUCUCCUUCACCAAGACCAAACAUGCCUACUCGAUACUUCAUAAUGAAGAGUAGCAAUUUGAGAAACCUUGAAAUUUCUCAGCAGAAGGGUAUCUGGUCUACAACCCCUAGCAAUGAACGGAAACUAAAUCGAGCCUUUUGGGAAAGCAGCAUGGUUUACUUGGUAUUUUCUGUUCAAGGAUCUGGACAUUUCCAGGGAUUUUCCCGGAUGUCUUCUGAGAUAGGAAAGGAGAAGAGCCAGGACUGGGGCUCAGCUGGCCUCGGAGGAGUAUUUAAGGUGGAGUGGAUACGAAAAGAAAGCCUUCCUUUUCAGUUUGCACACCACUUAUUGAAUCCUUGGAACGACAACAAAAAGGUCCAGAUAAGCAGAGAUGGACAGGAACUAGAACCUCAGGUUGGUGAACAGUUGCUCCAGUUAUGGGAACGUCUUCCAUUGGGAGAAAAAAGCACAACUGAUUGA